CAUUGUUGUACAAACAGCCAAGCCAUACAGUCGUUCCAUAAAAAAGAACUUAAAAACUUACGCCACUUUCAAACAAACUUAAAAAAACAAAAAAUUCAAACAGCCAGCAAUAUUAAAAACAAAACUCCAAUUUCGCGCCACGGAAAAGAAAAUGUUAUGACAGCAGCUGUCAAACGUCAAAGAUGGCCGAUUUCUUCCGUAAAAAGUCCCGCGCAAAGAGGCCGCAUGGCAGCAAGAAUUCUAUAUACUCUAUGGUCUCAUGCAGUGAGCUGACGCCUGGCAGUCUGGAGGUGUGGGUCGACCUGCCAGAUGAGAUCAAGUACGACCCUUCGCUAGCACCCUUCAGGCACCAGUAUGAGCAGCAUCAUGGCAAGUUGGAAUCAGAAGAGCCAGAAGGAGACAAGAGCAUCUUCCAGAAGAACAUCGCCGAGCUGAUGCCCAUCGCAGAGAUCGGGAAGAACCCCAACGAGUUCAACAAAGAGGCUGUUAAUGGAGUGGUGGAAGCAUUGAAAGAUGGGGAAGAGAAGAAAAUGAAAUCAGCAAAAAAGAAACGCCUCCAACGCACGUUCCGCCUCCUCAAACUCGUCUGCCUGGUGGCGGGCUGGCUGCUGCUGACCGUGUCGCUGCUGAUGAACCAGGAGACCAGCGACGUGGUGCUGCACACCGCCGUACAGGGGGGGGAGGUCAAAGAGUACCAACUGCAGCCAACCGACGACCGCGUGACGCUGCUAGUGAAGCUCACCGGCCCCUUCAGGCAGUCCUCAGCUAACAGGACUGAGCAAACUGAUCAACUCACAAUAUGGCUGGCCAGAACCUUCGAUACUAAGGAGUCCAGUUAUGAACAGAACUCCACCUCCUGGACCAUAGACCUGCAGCCUCCAGAGCUGAUAGACUUCUCGCCAAGCGCCACAGACACCAAGACCCUGGUUCUGGACACGGCUAGGAGUAUCCACUACAGACAACAGCUGGAAAAGGGAGGCGGGUCCGGGGGUUUUGAGACCAUCGAGUUCAGUAACAGGGAUCUUAACCACACCUCAGUGGCCCUGCGCAUGCGUACGUCAGGUGCCUCCGUGGUGCCCCUCACAGUCAGCUACCAGCUCAGCCCGCUGGCGGAAAGCGACGGGCUCGUCUACUCCAUGAUACUGCUGCUGUUCUUGUACAUUUUGAUUAUUUUUGAGGUAAUAAACCGCACAAUAGCAGCCCUGCUCUCCUCAUCCCUCGGAGUAGCCGUCCUGGCGCUCAGCGGAGUCAGACCCUCGCUGCCCGAGCUGAUGUCCUGGCUGGACGUGGAGACGCUACUGCUUCUGUUCAGCAUGAUGCUGCUGGUGGCGAUUCUGGCUGAUACCGGGCUGUUUGAUUAUCUGGCGGUUUUGGCGUUUGAGGUGACCGGCGGGCGUACCUGGCCACUCAUCAACUGCCUGUGCCUCUUCACAGCCGUCUGUUCCACCUUCCUCGACAACGUCACCACCGUGCUGUUGAUGACUCCUGUCACUAUACGUCUCUGCGAGGUGAUGCAGCUCAACCCGGUCCCUGUGCUGAUGUGCAUGGUGAUCUUCAGCAACGUGGGCGGCGCCGCCACGCCGGUCGGGGACCCACCUAAUGUGAUUAUAGCGAGCCACCCCGCUGUGCUUAGUGAGAACAUAAACUUCACGUCCUUCACCCUCCACAUGGGCGUGGGCAUCCUGCUGGUCGCCGUGCAGACGUACUUCCAGCUGCGGUUCAUCUUCAGGGACGUCAACAAGCUGCGGCAUAGCGUGCCUGUUGAUAUUCAGGAAAUGCGUCAAGAAAUAGCGGUAUGGAGGCGAGCUGCCGCGUCUCUGUCUUCAUACUCGCGGGACGAAGACAUCGUGAGGAAAGCGCUUGAGAAAAAAGUAGAGAAGCUGAACAUAGCUUUAUUGAAGAAAGAGACAGGAAGUGGGCCUUCGAAAUCGGACCCAAAGUUCUGCUCUACACUGCAACAGAUGAAGCAAAAGUAUCGCAUCAGGGACAAACCUCUGCUAGUAAAAUCUGCGAUCUGCUUCACAUUCGUCAUUGCAGUGUUCUUUCUGCACGCCAUUCCUCAAUUGCAAAGCCUAUCCCUCGGCUGGACUGCGCUCCUCGGGGCCCUACUCCUUCUGCUGCUGGCUGAGCGAGACGACCUGGAGUCCGUGCUGGCGAGGGUGGAGUGGUCCACGCUGCUGUUCUUUGCAGCUCUGUUUGUGUUGAUGGAAGCUCUCUCGAAAUUAGGUCUCAUAUCCUGGAUAGGGAAGAUAACUGAACAAAUCAUUCUACAAGUGAACGAAGAGUCGCGUCUAGCUGCCGCCAUUAUGCUUGUUUUAUGGGUAUCCGGAUUGGCAUCAGCCUUUGUGGACAAUAUUCCUCUAACGACUAUGAUGGUGAGGGUAAUCGCUGCUCUAGCUGAUCCGAAUGGCCUGGGACUUCCUUUAGCACCAUUAGCUUGGGCCCUUAGUUUUGGAGCUUGUCUAGGUGGUAAUGGAACACUGAUUGGAGCCAGUGCUAACGUGGUCUGCGCAGGAGUGGCAGAGCAGCACGGCUACCGGUUCACUUUCUUGGAGUAUUUGAAGAUAGGGUUCCCAGUCAUGAUCGGCAACCUGCUAGUAGCGUCGGUAUAUCUCUUGGUCUGUCACUGCGCAUUUACUUGGCAUUGAUAGUAUAUUUGCUUAUUUGUUUUAAUGUGUAUCUUAAAAUUACCAUGUGAUUUUGAUAGAUUGUUUUGUUGAUAUCCAGUAAGCAGAUUUUUAUUUUAACUAUUGAGAUUUAUAUUGGUAAACAUUAGAAAUGUAUAUAGUCAAGUUUUAACGUAAAAACGUAUGUUCAAUCUGUCACAUUUUGUCUAUAUCAGUGACCGAUGGUAUACGUACAGUGUUAGAUUGUAUACAUAAUUUGUUUGUAUAUUUGUGCUACUAUGAGAUUGUUUUACAGUAGUUUGAUGCAGUAUUUAUUAGCUAACAUGCUCGAUGCCUAUUUAAUUGUUUAUAAUUAGCUGACUUCGUUUGAGGGAGGAAUAUGUUUUCAUGGUUAUUAU